AUGAUACAAUCAAUUGGAUAUUCUUCUAUGGUUAUGGAUCUAGCGGAAGAAAUGUUGUUUUCACAUCAUUGUUUUAAUCCAAUGCUCAGCUUUCAUGCUAUAAGCUUUACCGCUUUAGACAUUUUUGUAGGAAAUGCUGAACGUUCAUAUCAAUUGAAUCAAUGUGGCCUUACAUGUAGUGUCGGUACUGUUAAAUUUGUAGAUAUCUUAUUUUAUUCAGCAGUAACUUUAUUUUCUUUUCACUUCUUUUUUAUAAAUGUCAUGGAGUCAGUUAUAAUAGUGAUUUCUUUUCCUUCUGAAAGAAAUUGUUUGUCUGCUUUGGGUUUCAAUUUUAAGGCCAGCUCAGUACAAUCUGCAACUACUUAUAGACUACUUCAUCUGGAUGGGUUUGCAUCUUUGUGUACAGUUUGCUUCAAUACCCCUGUUACCAUUCUACUGUCUCCUGCUAUUUUUCCACUUGUUUAG